ACGCUCAUAAAUCAGUUACUAUUCACGGUUGAUCAUAGCAGCGAUCAGACGCCACGGAGCGUAGCUACAGCAUCCUCAACGAGCGAGGGCCCUCACUAAACUCGGGAAGCCUCGACACUCCCCCCCCUCAAUCUACUGUUUUUACGUGUAUACAUACACAGACCAGACACACAUAUAUACAUAUAUCCCGAAUCUUGGGGCCCUUCUCUCAAGUGGGUCACAGGCUCAGCGGAAAAGGGGGAGGCUUGCGCGGACCGAUCUUCCGUGCGUGGCGGCCUACUCCAUCAUUUCGGUCCCAUUCGGCAUCAUUACACCGUUGGCAACGUGCGCGCUUAGCGAAAGUGAUCGCUUCUUUCUCACUCUCUGCCUCUCUCUCACGCGCGGGCGCACGCACGCACCGUCUCGCUGUGGCCAAAUACACACCCGCAGCAGCAUCACAGGACACAGGAACUUCCCUCUGCAAUCAAACGAAGCAGCGCCAAGCACCGGCGGCGUCCCCAGCUCCGGUAAUCCUACCGUACACAGCACAACAACACAGCGCAAUGGAUAGUAAGGACGAGGCGCGCGCACAGUCCCAGCAGGCGGAGGAGGGGGGGCUCGAGCCGACGACCGCCGCCCUGGACCAGCUCGCCCUGUCGCUGCCGCUCGGGAAGAAGCGGGCGGGCCGGGGCGCGGUUGCGAGCGGGCUGACGCACGAGUGCGGCGUGUUCGGGGCGAUUGCGACGGGCGAAUGGCCGACGCAGAUCGACGUGGCGCAGGUCAUCUGCCUCGGGCUGGUGGCGCUGCAGCACCGCGGCCAGGAGUCGGCCGGCAUCGUGACGAGCGAGGGCCACUGCGCGAAGAACUUCAACGUGCACAAGGGCAUGGGCAUGAUCAACAACAUCUUCACCGACGACUCGAUGAAGAAGCUGAAGGGCAACCUCGGCAUCGGGCACACGCGCUACUCGACCUCGGCCGCGUCGGAGGAGGUCAACUGCCAGCCGUUCGUGGUGCACACGGCGCACGGUGCGCUCGCGGUGGCGCACAACGGCGAGCUGGUCAACUGCGAGAGCCUGCGCAAGGACGUGCUGGAGCGGGGCGUCGGCCUGUCCACGCACAGCGACUCGGAGCUGAUCACGCAGGCGCUCUGCCUGAACCCGCCCGAGGGCGAGGUGGACGGGCCGGACUGGCCGGCGCGCAUCAAGCACCUGAUGCAGCUAGCGCCACUCUCCUACUCGCUGGUGAUCAUGCUCAAGGACAAGAUUUACGGCGUGCGCGAUCCGUACGGCAACCGGCCGCUCUGCAUUGGCAAGAUCGUGCCGCUCACGAUCGGCGCCUAUCGCAAUGAGAAGGUCGACAAGCUGCCCGCCGAGGGUUGGGUCAUAUCGAGCGAAAGCUGCGGCUUCCUGUCGAUCGGCGCCCGGUACGUGCGGGAGGUGCAGCCGGGCGAGAUCGUGGAGCUGACGCGCGACGGCAUCAAGACGAUCGACAUCAUCGACUGUCCGGAGAACCGGCGUCACGCGUUCUGCAUCUUCGAGUACGUCUACUUCGCCCGUUCCGACUCGAUCUUCGAGGGGCAGAUGGUGUACUCGGUGCGGCUGCAGUGCGGACGCCAGCUGGCCCGCGAGGCCGGCGUCGAUGCGGACAUUGUCAGCUCGGUGCCGGAGUCGGGUACGGCCGCGGCGCACGGUUUUGCUCGCGAGGCUAAUCUCAACUUUGCCGAGGUGCUGUGCAAGAACCGGUACGUUGGGCGCACCUUCAUCCAGCCGUCGACGCGCCUCCGCCAGCUCGGGGUGGCGAAAAAGUUCGGCGCGCUGUCGGAGAACGUGGCGGGCAAGCGGCUCGUCCUGAUCGACGACUCGAUCGUGCGCGGCAACACGAUCGGCCCGAUCAUCAAGCUGCUGCGGGAUGCCGGCGCCCUGGAGGUGCACAUCCGGAUAGCCAGCCCGCCCCUGCUCUACCCGUGCUACAUGGGCAUCAACAUUCCGACGCGCGAGGAGCUGAUCGCGAACAAGCUGAACGCGGAGGAGCUGGCCAAGUACGUCGGCGCGGACAGCUUAGCGUACCUCAGUGUGGACGGGCUGAAGAAGGCGGUCCAGCUGAACAUGGCGGUGAAGAAGCCGGAACAGGUCGGCCACUGUACCGCCUGCCUCACCGGCGACUACCCGGGCGGGCUGCCGGACGAGCUAGAGUGGUAGUAGUGGUAGAUGCUUUUUCCUUUUCUUUUCCAUUCUUUUUUUUUUUGUAAGCAGUUUAUGUGUAUGUGUGUGUUUUUUUUUUGCUUCUGUUUCUAUUCUGCACUUACAAUGUAAGCACAUAGUGACGUAAUGUAAUCGUACGAUUUUGCGAUGAGAAAAAUAAAUACGCGAGCGAGCGCGAUUUGGCUGGACUUUAUCAACACGA